AUGAUUCGAAGUGGACGUUCUAAACGCAGAAAAAUUAGAAAUGAACUAAAUACACUUUGUACAUUACAUUCAAAGUUUUUAAACAAAGAAGAUAAUAUUGUUGAACCAGCUGUAUUGGAUGAAAAUGAAGAUUUAACUCAUCCUUUAAUUCCCAUUCAAGAUAAUAAUAUUGUCUUAAGUCAAGAUGAAUCUUGCUCCUUGUUUGAAUUUGUUAAUCAAUCUCCACCGUCAGUUGAAGUUGGGGUUAAUCCAUUUAAUUUAGAAGAAUCCAUCAACGAUUCAGUAUUAAAUGAAACUACACCCUUUUCAAAUUCAGUAUCUAGUUCAAACUUUAUUUCUAUGGAAGAUCAAAUAUGUCAAUGGGCAAUUCAAUUUAAUAUUAAACAUAAUGCUGUCAAUAGCUUGUUAAGUUGCUCGAAGAAUCAUAAGUGUUUUAAACAUUUUCCGAUCGACAGUAGAACACUAUUUGGUACCCCAACUCAAAAAUCAAAAGAAAUCAGAACUGUACACCCUGGAAUCUACUACCACUUUGGUUUGGAAUUUGGAAUUAAGAAAUAUGCACCAACAAAUUCAUGUUGUAUCGAAAUUGCUAUAGGUAUUGAUGGGUUACCAUUGUCCAAAAGUAGUGGGGCUCAAUUCUGGCCUAUUCUUGCAUACAUAAUGAAUAUUCCAAAGAAAAUGGUUUUUCUUGUUGGCUUAUAUUAUGGAACUGAAAAACCUCAUGAUAGUAACGAUUUUCUAAUAGAUUUUGUUCAAGAUGCCAAUAAUCUUAUAACUAAUGGUAUAAUUUUAAACAAUACUAAUAUUAAAGUUUCAAUCAAAUUAUUUACAUGUGACGCACCGGCUAAAUCGUAUGUGCUAAAAGUUAAAAGUCAUGCAGGUUUUUCUUCAUGUACUCGAUGUACCAUUGAAGGAGAGUAUAUUAAUAAUAGAGUUGCAUUUCCUUAUUCAGAAAACCAUUCAACAAAAAGAACACAUGAACACUAUCUGCAAAUGUAUGACGAAGAUUAUCAUAUUUCAAACCAAAUUUCCAUUUUAACACAAAUUGAUGGAUUUAAUUCUGUUAAUAUGUUUAGCAUUGAUUAUAUGCAUCUUGUGUGCCUUGGUGUUACUAAAAAGCUUAUGAUUCUUUGGUUUAGUAAAGGUCCCUUAAACGUCCGUGUAAGAUCAAGAAAAACUCAUGAGCUUUCAUCAAAUUUAUUAAAUUUAAAUUCUUAUAUUACAACAGACUUUGCUAGAAAGUCUAGAAGUGUUUUUGAAAUGCGCAGAUGGAAAGCAACAGAGUUCCGUUUAUUUCUACUAUAUACAGGGCCUAUAGUCUUAAAAAAUAUAAUAACUGAUGAGUGCUAUGCAAAUUUUAUGGCAUUGAACAUUGCCAUGACAAUACUUCUCAGCCCGAAUAAUAAUCAUCUUUUGAAUUAUGCAAGGGAAUUACUUAAUUUUUUUGUAAAAAGUUUUCAACAAAUUUAUGGUGUUCACAAUAUAUCACAUAACAUCCAUAAUUUAUUACAUCUUGGUGAUGAUUAUCAAAACUAUGGGCCAUUGGACAAUUGUUCUGCUUUCUGUUUUGAAAAUUAUAUGAAGGAACUUAAAUUAUUUUUGAGGAAAAGCGAAAAACCUCUUCAACAAGUUAUAAACCGUUAUUAUGAAAAAUAUAAUUCUAAACAAGGAAAUGAUAAUUAUAUAGAGGUCCCAUUUGAUCAGCCAAUAUUAAGAAAUGAACAUACAAACGGUCCAUUAAUUAAAAACAUAUCUGGGUCUCAAUAUUAUAAAUUUUUAUUUAAAAGCAUAUCAUUAAGUUUAAAAAAAGAAAAAGACAGUUAUUUUCUUACUACAAAUAAUGAAAUUGUAAAAUGUCUAAAUAUUGUACAAAAUGACAUAGGACAUGUAUUACUAAUUGGAAAAUAUUUUAAAGAGUUAAAUCUAUUAUUUGACGAUCCUAUAAAUUCCUCAAUAUUAGACAUAUUUGAAAUAAAUAACAUAAUUAAAAGAAUGAAGUAUUGGUCAGUAUCUCAAAUAAAAAAAAAAAUGAUGGUAUUCCUACAAAAUACAAAAUUGAUUGCUAUUCCCAUCAUACACACUGAUCAGAAUUAA